AUGCUGAAUGGUAGGGGACCCCGUGUCAAACGGGCUCUCACUGAAACGGACUCGAAUGACGCCCCACCCAAAUUUGUUGCCUACGAGGACUAUCGUGCCCUUUAUGACCAUGUCCUCAAGUUGACUCGUCAAUGCUUGCCCUAUGGCACAGGACCCCCGACUAUUGGGGAACCUGUCUUCUGCCACUCUAACAACGACGUCUUCUCUUUUUCCUCCCCGAAUGGCGAUGAGAGCCGUCCAACAAGUUACGCCGAAAUCUCUGCUAAAAACCUGCCAAAGCAACUCUCUACUCUUUCCAUUGCGCAAGAAGCAGCCAAAAUGCUGGACAAAGCGACUCGCGCCGUCAUCGAGAGAUUCCCGGACUCAAAAGACGAUCCAGAACAAGAGAAACGUGACUUGGAAUUCUUCUCAACAUUCAGCACAAAGCACGGACUGCCCUCUCCAUCUCAAGCCCACCGCCAUCCGUCUAAAACUGCAUGCCGGCCUCUCAAGUUGCAGUUUGCAUCGAAUUCUGAUAGAGACAAAUUUCUGAAUGGAUUUUUCAAAGCCAAGAACGCGGAUCCGUCACUCUCUUCUAUCCAGAGCCGACCAAGAGCUAGGAGAGAUCUUACGAGAGAGGAACUGAAGAAAUUGUACGAGUCUCGCAAGUUUGUAUACGACAACAACUUGAAGGAAAAAUCAUCCAAGUUCAUCAUGGUCGAUAUUGAGUAUAAACUCAACAAAAAUCCUCGCCCUUUUCUCUAA